AUUGUUGUUCUGUGCUUUGGGACAUUUUUCUGCCUCUUCAUUUUCAUUUCAAAUUCAUUGGUCAUAGCAGCUGUGGUCAAGAACAAGAGGUUUCAUUUUCCCUUUUACUACCUCCUGGCCAAUUUAGCUGCUGCAGACUUUUUUGCUGGAAUUGCCUAUGUCUUCUUGAUGUUCAACACUGGCCCAGUGUCCAAGACGUUAACUGUUAACCGCUGGUUCUUGCGUCAGGGUCUUCUGGACACCAGCCUGACAGCUUCCCUGGUGAAUCUCCUCGUCAUAGCUGUUGAGCGGCACAUGUCGAUAAUGCGGAUGAAGAUCCACAGUAAUCUCACGAAGAAGAGAGUCACCUUUUUAAUUAUAUCCAUUUGGGCCAUUGCUAUUUUCAUGGGUGCUGUUCCUACCCUGGGCUGGAACUGCCUCUGUGACAUUACUGCCUGCUCAUCCUUGGCGCCUAUUUACAGCAGAAGUUACCUGGUGUUCUGGAGCGUCUUAAACCUAGUCGUCUUCUUCAUUAUGGUGGUGGUUUACAUAAGAAUCUACAUGUACGUCCAGAGGAAAACGAAUGUCUUGUCGUCACACACUAGUGGAUCCAUUAGCCGUAGGAGAACCCCUGUGAAGCUUAUGAAGACUGUCAUGACUCUCUUAG